AUGACAAAAUUAUCAAAUGAUAAUCUUAAUAUUUGUCAUUUUCGUGAUUGUUUAUUAGGAAAAGAAGAUCAACAAUUUUUAAAUUCAAUUAAUAUAUAUUUAGAUCAAUUUCGACAACGUCUUCUUAAAUAUUUUACAUAUAUGAAAUCAAAUACAUAUCUUAAAUGUUUAGAAAAUAAUAUUAAAAUUUUAUUAGAAGAUAUAAUUAAUUUACUUAAAUUACGUACAGAUGGAUUAGGUAUUGAACAAUUAGAACGACCUGUACAAUUAAUAACAUAUGCUAAUGAUAUAUCAAGUAAACAUAA